AGCGCGGGGAUAAAGAGAGCGCGGGCCGGGGGGGCCGGGAGCGCGGAGGAGCGGAGAGCUGGGGAGCGCCAGGCUGGGAAGAGGAUGGAAAUCAGGACCUGCCCCACGAUGAAGCUGCUCCUGCUGGGGCUGAGCCUCGCCCUGUGCAUCGGAGUCGCCGGGGCCCUCCGGUGCCACAUCUGCAAGUACAAGAUCCCCUUGUUCGGCUGCUUCCGAGGCGCCAACGUGAGCAGCUGCGAGCGCCGGGAGAGGUGUGCGCUCAUCCAAACCUCGCUGGGGAAGGUGACCCUUUAUUACCAGCAGGGCUGCACCUCCGCCCUCAACUGCGGCCGGGAGCGGGCGGCGGACGCCGAGUCCCGCCUCACCUCCCGCUACUCCUGCUGCGAGACCGACCUGUGCAACGCGGAGUGGGGCGCGGAGCCCUCGGACUGAGCCGCGGCGGGGUCCCGGAGCGAAUCCCGAGCGCUCCCGGGGGCGGCGGGCCCCGCCAGGCUCCCCCCGCGCACCUCGGUUUAGUCUCGGCUCUAAAAUAAACCCUCAGGCUCGGCUCUAAAAUAAACCCUCAGGCUCGGCUCU